UGCAGCCGAGCUGGUAAUCAGUGCCGUUUCCGCGGCAGUGGCGGUCACCACGCGGCAGAUUACGCAGAUUACACCGAUUACAUUUGUACCCGGCACCGCGGACGUUCGUUUCUUUUCCGGGAAGAGCCGUGCUCCCACCUUAUCCCCUCCGCCCGCGCGCGAGACCGUCUCUCGGGGUGAACCGUCGUGAGGACGUCGCGUCGUCGGUCUAACCCUGCGAGUAUUUUGGGAGGAAUAGCCAGAGUGUCGGCGGACACCGUGUGUCGAAGCUCGCUCUUAGUGUUCGAUAUCAAGCGAGCCGGACCGCCGCGCUUGGACGUGGAUCGACGGACGUCGCGUGACGGAGUCCCUUUAUCUGCUGACGGUGGCAAUCAGCGCUUGACCUCUCUGAGCUAUGCCCCUGAAAAGACUGGGAAGACGCUGACGCGAUGAUGUCGACGUUUCGCGUCGGACAUCGAGAUAGACAAAACACGUUGAUCGGACCACACGAGGAAGAGCCUGAGUUGGCUGAAUAGAACGCGACUGCGGAGGGGAGCUCUCUUGGGACAUCGGACGGAUUAUCGGGAAGACUUUUUUCAGACAAGAGUCGCGCGAGGAUCAAGUGGCGAGGAUUAUAUUAUGGCAGCGGUAGCUGUCACUAUAGGACUCGUCCAAGCGACUACCUCGUCCUCGGUUGUAAUAUGUGGUCACUCAACGUGUAACUUCCGCGCAGUUCGUUGAAGGCACGCACGGCGACUCGGAUGUCUCCGCAUCGAUUCGUCAGGCGCAGCGUGAGAAGAGACCACAAGGUAUCCUGAAGAGAGAAGCUCGGCCAGCAAGACUCGCAGAGAUGCGAAAGCUAUAGAAACCGAGAGAGGUAAGAAGAGUCGGUUCGUCAUGCUGAUGUCUUAGAAACACUCUUCUGACUUUAAUGGGGGAAUCCGCUCGUGUCGGCUGGGUCGCACCGCGGCGAUGCGGCGGAUUCCGAGAAUAACGGAGCACGGGACUUGUUGAGAUGGUUCGGGCUGCGCCUAGGAAGAAGCCUUGCGGACGUUGCCGGGCUUGGUAGAGAGUCGCGAUGUGAUGGCUCGUCUCCACAGAGUGCUGCAGUGUGGCUGGAUCACGUCGACGUGGCCAACACGCUGAUCACCGUCCGACCGAAAGCGUCCUUCCAUCGUAAAACCGAGCCCACGGCAGUGAUCAGCUGACACCCUUAAAGACUGUGCAACGCUGCUCGCUGAGUUAGUCCCGUUGGAGGCAGCAGUGCCAUGGACGUUGCGAACAAUCGAGCAUGGAAAUGAGGCAACGAGCCAGCGAUUUCCGUGCCGCUCGCAUUUUCGUUUGAGGGCGAGGAGAGCCCGGUCUGAUGAGAGUCUCGCUGAAGCCGCCGCUUGUAUCCCGAGACUUGCCAGGCGGAGAAGGCUGAGAGAGACCAAUACACGCGAGGAGCGGCAUGAGCAACGGCGAAGGCGUGGUGACGAGUCCGGGUUCCGGCAGCGAUCGCCUCUGCGAGGACGUCGACAUGGCGACCCCGACGUCAGCGUCUUCGAACUUGAAGCCGCGAAGCGGCAAGAUUAGCUUCAGCGUCGACGCGCUGCUAAGCGGCACAAAGAAGAGUGCCAUCAGCGGCGGUACCUUUGCGACCAGGCGCGACAACGACGACAGGAUGGACGCUGAGAAGAACCUCGAGAUGGAGAGCAGGUACCGAGAGCUGCUGAUGGAGCAGCAAAGGCUCCAAAGCAGGGAAUUGCUCGCCAGGUUGAGUCCCCACGGGCUUGCCAGCUUCGCCAAUCAUCAUCACCACCAUCAUCAGCCGACUAGGCUCGAACAGGAUCAGCCGGUUGCGCGGCAAGAGCUGCUCACGGUCAAGGACUUCUCUCGGACGAGCCACGACAAGUCCUCCUCGCCGAUUAGAAUAGACCAAGAGAUGCCGAGGGACCGCGACGACCACCGCUUAGCGAGCAACUCGCCGAGCGGGCUCGGUGACUCGAUGCUGCAGCGAGAGCAGGAACGCAUUCAGGAGGAGGACGAAAGGAUCGACAGGAUCACCAAUCCGAGAUCCGUGUCGCCGGCGAGCAGGCGGGAGAUCCUCGACGACCGCAGCGACUCGGAAGCAAAUCGCUCAUUGGAGGGCGAUCGAACGACGGAUCACCUAGACCUGGAGGACCAAGAGAUCAGGAGCGUCGGCCAGUCCGAAGACCUCAACGUCAUGGACUCGGACUGUGAGCUGGAGCGGGACUUGGAGACCGGCCAGGAAAAAGAGGAGAAGUCCAGUCCGGUAGUGCCUCAACCGAUUCAUCCUGGAGUGCAAAGGCCUUCGCAGGGGCCGCCCUAUCUCGCCGGAGCACCCGCCGGCGCUCCCGGCUGGAACCCCGCAGGAUUUCCGCAUUCUCUCGCGGGCUUCGCGUGGCUACCCCCACCGCCGCACCCGCACAAUCCUCAUGGACACCUUUACACGCCGCACGGCGGACCUACCAGCCCGAACGGGGACCUAAGGUUGCCGGGACCCGGACCAGGCCCGGUGAGAUGCACCCUCCGAAAGCACAAGCCGAACCGAAAGCCACGCACGCCGUUCACGACCUCGCAGCUGUUGUCGUUGGAGAAAAAGUUCCGCGAGAAACAGUACCUGACGAUAGCCGAGAGAGCCGAGUUCUCGAAUUCCCUUCAGCUCACGGAGACGCAGGUGAAGAUCUGGUUUCAAAACCGACGGGCCAAGGCGAAGCGGCUGCAGGAGGCGGAGAUAGAGAAGCUGCGACUGUCCGCGAGACCGUUGCUGCACCCGAGUUUUGGCUCAGGACUCAUGUUCUCCGGAGUGGGUCCGCCCGGCACCCCGGGGGUGCCGCCCUUCAUCGCGGCCGCCAUGGCCAGGCACACUCACGCCGCGGCGGCGGCGGCCAUGUUCAUGGGGCCGCCUGGACACCGGCCUUAAUAAUGACACGAGACAUCAUCGACGUCGUCGCGUGACGAGCCGGCUAGCCGUUUGCCGAGCCAGACUCUGUUGAUGCGGGGUUCGUGAGCCCGCAGGAGCAAUCCGAGAGAAUCCGAGAGAGGAGAUCGAGGUGGUCUCGGUGGCUCGAGAGGGACUUGAAGAGCUAGCGAGCGAAACUUCAGGAGGCGUUAAGGAGGAGCCAAGGAUACGACCGGAGGACUCGAGGAUUCGGGAACUUACGAGAAGAAAGCCCAAGUUUCGAAGGUCGAGGCAGCUUCGAGGUCCAAGGUCCUGCUGAAGAGGACGCGAUCCAUAAGCCACACCGCGCACAGUUGAGGCGAUAGUUAUCCCCGCGAGUGACCUUCUUAUUUCUAUUUCGAAGAGAGGAUUGUCCGCUCUUAUUAGUCCAACCUCCGACCGGUUGUCGGGUCUUCCACGGGAUCGCCGAGGAAUUGGAAUCCGCCGUUUAGCGUUGAAAGAGUCGAAAUUGGCUGGAAACGGCUGGGAAACGGCUCGGCUCGCGCGUUAACCCGGACGCCUUAUCGCCCGCGAUGUACGGAUAAUCGAAAUUCCAACACGGUUGGAGGGCAGGAGGAUCCUGAGGAGGAGCUAUCGGAGAUCUGUAACUCUAGGAGCAUCGUCAUAACUUUCCCGAAAGGACACGGAAGGACACGUGUCGGCGCCUGCGGCGGGCGCUCCCGACGCUUUGAUCUCAAGAGAACACAUAGAAAUGUACAUAGUGUAAAUAAGGUACGCGUUCGUACGGUAAUUAUGGGUGUACGUAUGUAUAUACACACAUGUACAGGACGUUGCAGUUCGACCGACGGCGGUCAGGAGGAAUCGCGAGGGGGCGGCGAGUGUGCUCGAGGGUGUCGAUCUGAAGGAGUCGGGGAGACCCGGCACGAAAGAGGGAGUCUCCGCUCCCGGAUUUAUUUUCAAUACGGACCGGCCGGAGGAGAACGCGGACGUCGGAAGAAUGUAGGAAAAUAGUCGUUUCCCCUGGGAACAAUUGUCCGGCUGCUAAAUCGAGAGAUGAUCGCGUUUGUGUUCCCCGAAAAUAUCAUUUUGAUUCUUUCGAGGCGGAAGGUAAAUCGCGCAGUGAGAUUCGGCCGAGUAAUGUCGAGCGUUCCUUCAGUGGUCGUCGUGCGCGAAAAGGACGAGCUCUGCUCUGGUCUUCCUCUCGAAGCGUAUUCCGUAACUCACUCGGCCCGGGCGUCCCUUCAGACUUGCCGAAUUCUCCGCGCGCGGCGCAAACGAGGCGGGAGUGCGUGUAAAUUACGUGUCAGCUUGUAACGAGCGAGAAAGAGAGAGAGAGAGAGAGAGAGAGAGAGAAGGAGAAAAACGGAAUCGUUCGUAGGCAGUCGAAGCUAAUACGAAUACGGCGAGGUUCUCAACGUACCUACGCGCCCUGUAUAAAUGUAAGAUGAUAAUUUAUCCA